GGUACGAUGAUAAUGGGCCAUCAUUACUGGAGUAUUUGGAUAAUAUGAAAGCUUUGGAUAGAAAUUUAAAUGCACCAUUAAUGAUGCCAAUUACUGAAAAAUAUAAGGAUAUGGGCACAAUAAUUGUUGGUAAAGUUGAAUCAGGUACUGUUAAGAAAGGUGAAUCUGUAUUGAUAAUGCCAAACAAGCGAGUAGUUGAAAUAUCAGCAGUUUAUAAUGAACUUGAAGAUGAG